AUGAGUAGUGUGAGCCUUCUCUAUUCCUCGCUCAAUGAUUUGAAUCAAGCAGCCAUCGCACAAGUGAUGGAAGUUGAUGAUGAUACUCCUCUUGAGAUUUAUUUUACUACGGCUCGGAAUUUGUUGAAAGAAGCAAAAUUAUGUCGGGAAUCUCAAGAUUUAGAAGGAAUGUACAAGUGUUUAAUUCAGUAUUUGAUUUUGGUGGUUAAAAAGUUGCCUUCCCACAAGGAUUUAAAUGUGGAUGAGGAUCAAGAAGAAUCCGAUGAAUAUAUUAAAUGUAAACAAGAAUAUGAUUAUAACUUUCAAAAGUGUGAUCUAGUAAAACAGGAAAUUGAAAAACUGAGAAGUCAACUUAAUGAUCUCUAUGAAGAACAACGAAAAGCUAAAGCCAAAGAACGAUGGGCAAGCUUACAAGACUCGGAUUCUUUGAGAAGGAAAACAGUGAUUCAGCCAAUUGUGCCAACUGUAUCUGUAAAUGCAACGACAGACAAAUUACCACUUCCUGCAUCUCCAAGUGUUUUAAACAAGAGAUUUAUCAUGUCAAUAAGAUCAUCAAAUCCAAAUAUUAUUUGCAAGACGCCAACCAUGAUUGCACAACGUUCACGAAAUGAUCCAAAUAGAAUUGUUCGUGUUCGAUUACUUCCAGGUAUUAUUGCACACGAGGGGGUUCACACACCAACAAGUGUCUAUCAUUUGGUCACACCCAAGCAAAUGAAAGACAAUUUUGAAAAUUACAUGCCUCAACCACAGCAACCACUCCGUAAGAUGUCCAAACAACCACCUGCAUUCCCAAACUCGUACCAAAAGCCAACCAAUCACCCUCCAUCUAAUACGACCUAUCAACAACAACAACAACCGGUCUAUCAACAACAACCUACGAUGUAUCAACAUCCACCAAUGUUUCAUCCACAACAACAACAACAACAGUACUCAACUUAUCAACAAACCACACCGGUAGUUCAGUACACUCCAUCGUCACAAACCUAUUCUACAUCAAUUUAUCCACAAUCUUACUCUCAAAAUAACUAUGUUGAGAGUACAUAUUCAAAUGCAGUAGAAAAUGUUGCAUAUAAUGAGAGAGUUCAGGAAUAUGUCGGAAAACAAGUUGGAAACUUGGCAACCAAUGAGAAAGUUCAAAAACAAGUUGGAUCAUCUAUUUCCAACGCUGCUAAAAAUCAACAAGUGCAAUCUACAAUUGGAAAUGCUAUUGCCUCGAGUUCUGACAAUUCUCUUGUUCAAUCUUUAGCUACCAAUCAACAAGUACAAUCUACCGUUGGAACUGUUAUUGCCAACACAGCUGGUAAUGAACAAGUCCAAAAGGCAGUUGGAAAUGCAAUUCAUAGAGCUGCCAAUGACAAGGAAAUGCAAAAGAAGGUUGCUAAAGGAUUCGUCAGUGUUGCUAAAGGCGCUUUUUCAGCAACAAAAGCAGGUGCUAGCUUAGGCUACCAACUUUACCAAGAAAAUAAUCAGAAAUGA